AUGAUUGCACGAGAGGAAUCGUAUCCCCCAGAGACUUCAGCGCCAUCGACUCCACUACCUUUACCUUAUAGCAACACUCCGCCACCGUCGAACAAAAAGCGAAAACAUGCCACGCUUAGUGGUGCAACACCGACGAGCGCUGCGUCUCCUGCGCCCUCUGACUCUGGAGUACCACCGACACAAGCUGCUGAUGGGAGUUUACUUCCUACGACAGACUCAAACUUGGUAGAUUAUUGGUCACGUUUGACAGUUUCUCGUCCUCCACUUUUCGUACCAAUCAGCGAAGGAUCAAUAUACAAUACCACAGAACAAAUCCCCCACCGUCUCAACUUCCGCUACAUUCCCAUCGGUCUCUCCGAGCCUGGAUCAAAAUCUCAGUUCCGAGUCAUUGAGAGUAAUCCGCCAGGAUACGUACGCGUAAGCUGGGAAGAUCGUAGCGCGUUCAUGAAAGUCACAACGGAUGGUCUAGGCCUCUGCGGUGAGAAAGGCUAUCGAUCUGCACGCCUCAACGUACCCAUCCGCGAAGGCAAGUGGUACUUUGAGAUAAAAAUUGAGCAUGGAGGCGGUGCAAAGCUUCCAGAUAGUGGAGCGAAGGAAGGCGCACAUGUUCGAUUAGGCUGGGGAAGGCGAGAAGCAGGGCUUAAUUGUCCUAUCGGUGCGGAUGGUUAUAGCUAUGGGUAUAUUGACAAGGACGGACGAAAGGUGACGCUUUCGCGCCCUCGUCCUUAUGGGCAGAGCUACGGUACUGGGGACGUUAUCGGCAUGUACAUCUCACUUCCACCAAAACGCAAGCCGAAGGCGAACGAUCCUUAUGACCCAGCGCAAUUAAACCGUGUAGGCAUUCCCAUUCCUUUCAAAGGUCGGGCGUACUAUGAAAUCCCUGAGUAUCCUCAGUCGAAGGAGAUGAUUUCUCUGAUGGACUCAUCGGCUAGCAAAGCUAAGGAUACUGCAUCCGUACCUUCGUCUACCAAAAAAUCUGCAACGGUGAAGAACUUACCCGAACGUGGACGAGGGAACAAGCCACCUCCCGAACCAAGUCCAUUACAACAUUUACCCGUCUUACACGGUUCACACAUUGCUUACUUCGUCAACGGGAAAAGCCAAGGUGUCGCAUUUCAAGAACUAUUCGAUUAUCUACAAUUACGCACGGUUCCUUCUGCUCGGAAUAACCGUUCUCGGCGGAGACUACGAGAAGGUUACGCAGAGCACAAGGACAACCCAUUCGAUGAUGGUUGGCUCGGAUACUACCCCUUUGUAUCUUUGUUCAACGGUGCUCGCGUUAGCAUCAACGCAGGACCCGACUUCGAAUACCCGCCUCCACCAGAUAUCGAAGGUGUACUCGCCAACGACCCAGAUUCAGCCGAUACGAAAUUACGAACAUGGCGACCCUUGUGCGAGCGCUAUGCAGAAUUCGUUACAGAGCAACGUGAGAUCGACGAUAUGGCAGAGGCAGAGGCGCAAAAGAAGGCGCAAAAACAACAGCAGCAGCAGGAAGCUUCACAACAGCGUGCUACUGCUAAACCACCGAAGAAGGAGCGUGCA